GUGAAUGAUUACUCUGAGUUAUUGAAUGGGCUUGUGACUUCUUUUAUUAAAUAACUACAAUUUAAUCAGAAGCUUAAACAAUCAAAGAAAAUGGCUAUGAACAAAUUAAUGCAUCCUAGAAACCCAUACAAAAAGAGGCCUGAUUUUAAACAGUUAGCUAUUGAUUUCCCAGAAUUUAGAAAAUAUGCAAAGCAGGAUCUUUCAGGAAAAAUAAAUUUCAAUUUUAAGGACCAUGGUGCUGUUUGGGCUCUGACAAAAUGCUUAUUGCAACGUGAUUUUGACUUAAAUGUCGAAAUAGUUCCAGGUCAUUUAGUUCCUACUUUACCUUUGAGGUUGAAUUAUCUUUUAUGGAUAGAAGAUUUACUAGAACUGUAUAGGCCUAAGAAUGUUAUAGGAAUAGAUAUUGGUACUGGAUCUAAUUGUAUAUAUCCCCUACUGGCUGCAAAAAAGUUUAAUUGGACUAUGUUAUGUACUGAAAUUGAUAUAGAAAGUACAAAAUGUGCUAUGCGUAAUGUUGAAAAUAAUUAUUUGAGUGACAAAAUAUCAGUUAAAGCGGUUACAGAAGAUAUCAUUCUCGAUGGGGCCUUGGAAGAAGAUACAUUCUAUGAUUUCUGUAUGUGCAAUCCUCCAUUCUUUGCCGAUUCUGAAGAAUUAUCAAUGGAAUCAAAAUCUAGAUCACCUUCAAGGAAGCCACCUAAUAAUGCUCCAUCAGGGGUUCCAUCUGAAUUAAUUACACCUGGAGGAGAAUCUGUGUUUAUUGCUCGGAUUAUUGCUGAUAGCUGUGUGCUCCAAGAAAGAGUAAGGAUAUAUACUGUAAUGGUUGGGAAAAAAUCAACUUUGAAACCUUUAAAGGAAAUGCUUAGGGAGAAUGAAGCAUGCAGCAUUGCAACUACAAUGUUUUGCCAGGGCCGAACAACUAGGUGGGGUCUAGCUUGGACCUUCAUACCCGGUUUAGAUUUAAACCAGGUGGAAAAUUCUCAGAAAAAAAACAAACAGCAUUCGUAUGUUCCAUUUCAGUACAAGAUACAGAAAGUAGAUGAAAAUACGCUUAAAUCAGUUCAAGAGAAACUUAUCAGUAUCUUAAAUGAUCUGCAGAUAGAGACUGAUUUGGAAGAUUGUGGAAAUUCAUUAAUGAUGACUUUAAAAGCGUUUGAGAAUACGUGGAUUAAUAGUAGACGAAAGCGUAGAAUGGAGAAGAAAAAAGAAGCAGAAAUGUCUAACAGUGAUAAAACCUCUCAGGAAUCAGAGGGAAAGAAAAGUAUUGAUGACACUUCUUGUAAGUCAGAAGGAACCAAUGUGACAGGUAAGACAGAAGAGGACACAAGCAAGUCUUCAAAUGGUAAUGAACAACAGGCGCAUUUGCCAGAAAAACCGAAACUAGAAAAUGCCUGCACUCCUGAAAUGUCUGGUCAAAAGAGGACAAAUCCAGACGAACUUGAUGAAAAACACUCUAAACGUCAAAAAUUAGAAGAAUAUUUAGUUGCAUCUUUAAUGUUAAAAGAUAGUGAUGAAUUAGAUGUUAUAACAUUAGAAUUAUAUUUUAUUGAAGGAACUGGCGGUAAGGAAGCUGCUAAUCAAUUACUCACAUAUGUUAAAAACAGACUGAAAUAAAUUUUUGAAUAUAUUUGACUAAAUUUGUUAUAUUCAUAAGAUGUAAAAAUUUC